AUGAAGGGAGAAUGUCGUUCACACUUACACAUUCACUCACUCAAACUCUUUCUCUUUCAGUAUCUUUCUGCUUGUCUGUCUCUUUCCCACCCUGUUAAUUUAUCUAUCUAUCUAUCUAUCUAUCUAUCUAUCUAUCUAUCUAUCUAUCUAUCAGUUGUUUUCUUACACAAAUUCUUCUUCUUUUUUUUUUUAAUUUCUAUAAAAUUUAAGCAGGACAUGACUUUUUUUAACUGUAUCUCUCGGUUUUUCUUUCUUUCUUUCUUUCUUUCUUUCUUUCUUUCUUUCUUUCUUUCUUUCUUUCUUUCCAUACGGCUUUUCAUUCACUUUUCUUUUAUAAAUAUUCUAAAUAUUACUCUUUUCUCCCUUCUGUUUUGUAUAUUCUUUCUUUCCUUCUUUUUUUUAUUUCUUUCUUUAUUUGUGAUGGCGAUGUUAAUUUGCCUCAGCAAAUAUCUUGGCUACGAGGCAGAUCCGGUAGUUGCUGAGUCAUUCUUCUUCUUCUUCUUCUUCUUCUUCUUCUUCUUCUUCUUCUUCUCGUUUGUAGCUCUUUCGGUUCAUUUUACUGCUCCAUUCAUUUCAUUUCUUGCUUUCUUUCUUUCUUUCUUUCUUUCUCUAUCUAUCCAUCUAUCUAUCUAUCUCAGUCUGUUCAUAUCUAAUCUAUCUAUCUAUCUCAGUCUGUUCAUAUCUAUCUAUCUAUCUAUCUAUCUAUCUAUCUAUCUAUCUAUCUAUCUUAGUCUAUUAAUAUCUAUCUAUCACAUUCUGUCUAUUAAUAUCUAUCUAUCUAUCUAUCUAUCUAUCUAUCUAUCUAUCUAUCUCAUUCUGUUCAUAUCACUUUAUAUUUCAUCUAUCUAUCUAUCUAUCUAUCUAGCGCAUUUUGUCAUUUAUCUAUCUCAGUCUGUAUCUAUCUAUAUUGUAUGUUUGUCUGUUCAUAUCUAUCUAUCUAUCUAUCUAUCUAUCUAUCUAUCUAUUCGGACAUUGUUUAUGUCUGUUUAUAUAUCUGUCUGA